AUGUGGCAGAAAGAGCUUGGAAUAACUAAGAUAUUCAGAAUGAGGAAAGCCAUCCUUGCGCUCAUACUUGCCGUGCUUCAGGGCUUUCGACUUGUGGGUGCUCUUCCAAACCCAUCUCCUCUCCUGGGAUCCAAUUGGGGAAAUCCGAAAAGAUACGUACACCUGCAGACUUCUUCCGACGUGAACAAUUUCUACUUAGAGAUCAGUUCAAAUGGCAACGUGCGCAAAACUCAAAUUCGAACUUCAUACAGCGUGCUUUUAUUGAAGGCAGAAACAAGAGAGCGCGUUGCUAUACUUGGUGUCAAAAGUAAUCGCUACCUGUGCAUGGAUGCUAUGGGAAACCCUUUCAGUUCUACGAUUUGCCACAAGGAAGACUGUCUUUUUAACCAUAAGUUAUUGGAAAACCACCGCGACGUGUACUUCUCUUGCAGAACUGGUAUUCUGCUCAACUUGGAAGGGGCUAAGCAAGUGUAUAGUGUAGGUCAGAAUCUACCGCAAACUUCCCUAUUUCUUUCGGAGAAGAACACCGUGCCGCUGGAGCGCCUUCAUCACCGGGAGAAGAGGAACCGCGUGGUUGACCCUUCUGAUCCUCAUAACAUGCUGGGGCAGACCGAGGAAGCUGAUGACUCCCGGGCUAUGCCGGAGACGGAUGACGCGGAGACUGACCAAGAGUCUGAAGUCCCCGAAGGCCAAAACAUCUCUAGGGAGACCCCGGAGUCUACCUUCGACGACCCAUGGAACGUGCAAUCCCUAAACGCACCUCCCAGCCCCCGUAUCAUGAAUGUCAUGGUGGGAUAAGUUGACAGUAGACGAUGUACACCUGGGUUUAUAUGAGUCACUCGCUAAAUACAUACACACAUACCUAGAAUAUUCCAAUUUAGGCUUUUUGUUCGUUCACUUUUGUUUAAUUCCAGCUGGCCUGGAAAUAAAUUAACCACAUAUUGUGGUUCACAAGUGUUAUCUGACACUAGUGACAGACCUUGACAGCCUUAUUAUUGCUUAGUGAAACCUAAAUAGUACAUUUGAAAUAUGUAUAAAAAGGACCAUAUUGGGAAUGUUUUUCAUUUUUCACACCAUUGUAGGCAACUAAUUUAUGCGAGCAAAAAUGAUGUAUACAGUGCGCUCCGUUUAAAGAGAGGAUCAGUAUGAGAAUUAUGCAUAAGUACGAAAUAUUGUGAUCCUUCGGGGAAUUAAAGUGUCAUUUUAUUAAUUUUAUGCAAGAAGAAAACAUAAAGGAUCUGAAACAUAUUGCAUCUAAAAUUACUACAAUGUUAAAUAUGCCUGUGGGACACAUUUCAUUUAAAAUGAAAAAAGAACAUGGUCCACUGUACAUGUUUCAGACACGAUUAGGUGCUGGCCACCAAGGGCAAGCAGCACAGCCGACAUUAACAAAGUUUAAAGUAUUUCUUUAUUUAAAUUCAUUCAUUUGUUAUUUAUACUAUUUAUCUGGAUUAUUUACUGUAAAAGGGAUAGUUUGAGAAGUUUGUUGAAUCCCUUGUUGAUACCAUUUAAAUGUAUCCGUAUCCACUAUAAAGUUAUCGGUAGUAUUACUAGCUAAAGCAAACUACCAUUAACACUACGAUUGGAAUAAUAGAUGAACAGCUAACUACCAUACGCAAUUUAGGAAUUGGGCAAACCUUAGAUAGCGGUUUCCCUAAAACUGCACGCGGACACAUGGUAUCUAAGAGUCCCACUAAAUCUGGGAAAGCAGAUAGUAGUCUCAUUGUCAUAAUCCAAACUAUCCCCUUUAAAGAGAAACAAUCUCUAUGUUGUAUACAUGUGUAAAGGUUGGUGAGAUGUAUAUCGGAGGAAAAAAAUGUUA